CGCAUGAGGGACUCUUACUACGAAUGCUGCUAAAUGAGGGCACCCCCUCCCCUCCAAGACUCCUGCAUGCAAGUGGUUCUCUUUAUUUAAACGCUCCUGCUGCAUCUCAGGUCAAGCAGGUGUUGGUGAAUGGGGAGAUGCAAGUAUAAUCGCUGGUAGUGGAAGACGGGAUGCCCAAGUGGAUUCUGCACAGACAACUGUGGAAAGAUCCAAAUUAGAAGUUCCCAUCUCUUCCUUCCUUCUCCUGUCGAAUUCUCCAGAGUAGCUGUUUUCUCUCUUCUUCAUAAAGCCUUCUAUUCAUUUUGGCUAAACUGGGAAACCUUUGUUUGUGCCUUUGUGGCUUCCUUGUGGCCUUUGUUUCUGUUGCAAUGGCAGCUGCGAAAGUGCACGGCCACCUUGACCCUGGAAGGUGCACGGGUCGAAUUUGGAUCAGCCAGCCUAGGAACCAGCGCUUCACGUAAUGGAACCCUGGAGUGACCACAAUGCCCAUCACUCCAGAGAAUGCAGCGGUGUUUCUUCCCAUCCUUUAUCGGUGGCUGCAGAACCACCUGAGAGGGGAAGUGGAGGAGCCGGAGCAGAGGCUUUGCCACUCUGCCAUUAAGAAGCUGCGGGAGUACAUCCAGCUGAACUUCCCGGCGGAAGAGGGCAGACUGCAGCAUGGUCCAAGCCCUGCAGACAUGGAGAUCUGUACUGUUUACCUGACCAAGGAUCCUGGACAAGCCGAGUCUCUUGGCUUAAGUUUUGGGAACAUUCCUGCUUUGGGGGACUAUGGAGAAAAGCGGAGAGUGGGAAAAAAAAAGAAAGGAAAUAAAGGGCCCGUGCUUGAUGUUGGAAGCAUCUGGGUCACUGACUUAAAGAAGAACAGCCCAGCAGGUAAAUGUGGAAAAGUUCGCUUGCGAGAUGAGAUCCUUUCUCUGAAUGGACAAUUGAUGGUCGGGGUGGAUAUUGGUGGCGCAAGGUAAGAAAGGCUUACAUAGAUGUGAGUCGUGCAGAAAUCUUUAAAUAUUAUUGAUUGCAGGUUUCCCUGACCCGGUGUCCUCCACCUG